AUGAAGCAGAGAUAUUCUUCCUUGGAUGUAAAGCGCACGUUCCUUUUCAAGCUCGCCCUCCCCGAUAUAAAAAAGCAGCUUAUCAUCAACGCUGGAUUCCACUGUCACCUUACGGAGUCAUCACGCACGACCGCAGACGCGCCCUCUCAUUUCGUUAGCCGGCUCCGAAAACUCCUCAAAACUAGACGAAUCACCGGUGUCCGCCAGAUAGGAACAGACCGCAUCAUUGAGUUUGAGAUUAGUGAUGGCCUGUUCCGGUUAUACCUCGAGUUCUUUGCAGCAGGGAAUCUUAUUUUGACAGACGCAAAGUAUGGAAUCGUUGCCCUUCUGCGUCAGGUUGCCCCCGGAAGCGAUAUCGAGGAGGUGAAAAUCGGCAUGACAUACAGAUUAGAGAGCAAGCUGAAUUAUAAUGGCAUACCUCCGUUGACCAUCGAAAGGCUCAAGUCGGCCCUUGAACAGGAUAACGGUUCGAAACCGUUGAAGCGCAGUCUAUACUUCGGAUUCCCAGAAUACCCACCUACGCUUCUUGACCAUGCCUUCAAUGUAGUCGGGUUCGAUUCAAAACUUCAACCAGCGCAAAUAUCGACAGAUAAUAAUUUGGUACAGAAACUCAUGGAGGUACUUCAAGAGGCAGAUCGAGUCAAUACCGCAUUAUCAUCUGAUACUCAACAGGCCGGUUAUAUUAUAGCGAAGAAUGUUGCAUCCGCAGCUUCGGAUGUCGGGGGUGGCACACAGACGGCACCUGUGACCGAAUUUAGAGAUUUCCACCCCUUUGAACCUAGUCAGUCGAAAGAAGCCCCAAACACAACCAUACUUCGCUUUGAAAAUUUCAACAGUGCUGUCGAUAGAUAUUUCUCUUCAAUAGAAGCUCGAAAACUCGAAUCUCGCUUGACAGAGAAAGAAGAUGCUGCAAGGAAGAAACUGGAAAGUACUAAACGGGAACAUGAGAAGAGGGUUAAUGCUCUGAAGGAAAAACAAGAAUUUCAUGUUCGAAAAGCUCGUGCUAUCGAGACAAAUUUACCUCGGGUAGAGGAAGCAAUGAAUGCUGUCAAUGGUCUAGUGGCACAGGGUAUGGACUGGGUCGAGAUUGCUAGGCUGAUCGAGAUGGAACAGGGGAAGGGCAAUCCUGUUGCGCAGUCUAUCAAGUUGCCUCUUAAACUCUACGAAAAUACAAUAACUGUGUUAUUGAAUGAAGAGGGAACCGAAGAUGACGAGGAAGAAGAGGAAGAAGAGUCUGAGGAAGAAGAGGAAGAAGAUGAUGAUGGGUAUGGUGACGAUGAAUAUGAGAGACCCAGCCAGAAGAAACACUCGGCGAAACCCCUAAAGGAGAAGAAAGAGAAGAAAGAUACCCGGCUAAGUAUCGAUAUCGACUUGGGAAUUUCUCCCUGGGCCAAUGCCCGACAAUACUAUGAUGAGAAGAAAAUUGCAGCUGUGAAGGAAGAGAAGACGCUGAAGGCUUCCACAAAAGCCAUCAAAAGCACUGAGAGGAAGGUUAAGGCAGACCUUAAGAUGGCUCUGAAGCAGGAAAAGCCAGUCCUACGUCGGACCAGAAACCCAACGUGGUUUGAGAAGUUUUUCUUUUUCAUUUCCUCAGAUGGCUAUCUCGUUAUAGGAGGGAGAGACCAUCAGCAAGACGAGAUACUUUUUCAACGAUACAUGAAAAAGGGAGAUAUAUACGUGCAUACCGACUUGGACGGAGGUGUUCCAUUGAUUGUCAAGAAUAAACCUGAUACCCCCGAUGACCCCAUUCCCCCGAACACAAUCUCACAGGCAAGUGCAUACACUGUAGCUUCAUCAAAGGCUUGGGAUACCAAGGCAGCCAUGGGAGGAUGGUGGGUUCAUGCGUCACAAGUGUCAAAGAUGACUUCUACAGGCGACAUCCUCAAGGCCGGCCAUUUCAUGAUAAAAGGCGAGAAAAACCACAUACCCCCUGGACAGAUAGUACUCGGAUUUGCCGUGUUAUUCCAAAUUUCAAAUCGGAGUGUUCAGAACCACACAAAAUCUCUACCAUCUUCUCCAGAAGAUGGUGUAACUAAUGAGGAACCGAUUUCCAGCACCACCGAUAUGGACCAGCCUGAAGCUAACCAAGCGGAUCAAGAAGAGGAUGUUCCUCUAGAGCAAGAGGAUGAACACCAGGUAGAGUCCGAGGUUGCCAAAAAGGAUAUGAGCGAUGAGAGGGUUGCGCCCCUAGGAGAGCAGCUGCAAUCUAUACAUGUUGAGGACUCCUUAGAUUCAAAUCCAGCGCAAGUUAAUGAAGAAGACAAGGAUGAGGCUUCACAUGCAGGAAAUCAGCCUGUAGAAGGUCCAUCUGGGAAUGCAGAGGAGACCGAGGAUUCUGGAGAGUCUGACGAUGAAUCUAGAUUGGCUACUCCUUCUGCCACUCGGGAGUCACGGUCAUCAACACCGUCAGUUAUCAGCUCAUCAGGGACACAGAAAUCCAAGCCACCAGUCCGUGGUAAGCGAGGAAAGGCAAAGAAGCUGGCUACCAAAUACAAGGAUCAAGAUGAAGAAGAUAGGAAACUGGCGCUCCGUUUACUAGGAUCCGCUGCUGGGCCUUCGACUCCCACCACCAAACCAAAAACAAAGGCUGACAUCGAAGCUGAACGUGAAGCACAAAAAGAACGACGAAGAGCUCAACAUGAACGCGCUCUGCAGGCUGUAAAACGCCAGCAAGAGGCUUUUACACGAAACUCCGUCGAGGAUGCUUCUGGAGAAGAGCAUAAACUUGAUUUCUCGAUACUCCCGGCUCUGGUCGGUACUCCUGUGGACGGCGAUGAGAUAGAAGCCGCCAUCCCCGUGUGCGCUCCUUGGGCAGCUCUGGGACAGUACAAGUACCGCGCGAAAUUGCAACCUGGAAAGAUCAAGAAGGGAAAAGCAGUUAAAGAUAUCCUUGGUAAAUGGAUUCACGAUGCAACUGUUUUACAGUCACGAUCCGGUGGGAAGAAACCAGCUGCACGUACGGGCGACUCUGACGAAACUAAGGAGACGAACGAGAAAACUGAUGAGAAAGUCGAAGAUGCGAAUGAGCUGCUUUCUAUGGAGUUAGAUUGCAUCAAAGCCUGGAGGGAUGUUGAGGUCAUGAAUACGUUGCCUGUUGGCGGGUUCACUAUAGUUUCUGUGGCUGGUGCUGCCAGCUCGAGCGCAAGUGUUGGACCCAAGAACACGGAAAACAAAGGGAAAGGCAAAGGGAAGAAGCCUGGUAAGGGUGGUAAAAAGAAAUAG